GAAGUCGCAUACACUACGAAACGAAAAGUAGUGAAAAGCUUUAAACGUUAUAUUUUCAAUAGUCUAUUGUUUUCAUUCGAAUGAAAAAACAUUUCAGUAAAAUAGUACCAUUAAAAUUUGUUAAAUAAAUAAAUGAUUUAAAUGAGAUUAUAAUUAAGAUCGUAGAAAUUACUAAUAAGAUUAUAUUAAUUCGAAAAGAAACUAAUCAGGUUGACCAUUUUUUUCAUACUGAAGUUAGGUAUAAACUUGUGAUUGUUCAAUUUCGAGAAAAUGCUUUCGAGUUAAUCGUGAACGCAUGUACUUUCACGUAUUAUAGUUUCUUUUGGCUAAAGCAAAAUAUGAUAUUGUCAAAAUCACGACCUAUGAUUUAAUUUGGGAAAAUUGGUAAACAUCUGAUGUUAUUUAAUAUUAUAAUUUAGUAAAAUAACUAUUGUAACGUGAAAGAAGGAAUACAGUCGCAUAAAUAUGUCAAAAGAAGAAUAUGUUCAUGGAAAUGGAGAGGUAGUUAAUUAUACUUUAGAUAGCGAGGAAUCACCUGCGAAACAAAAAUUAAGGGGAUGGCUGAAUCGACAUUUGCGAAUUAAAAUGACAGAUGGUAGAGUAUUAACAGGUGCAUUUCUCUGCACCGAUCGAGAUGCUAAUGUAAUUUUGGGAUCAUGUAUAGAAUUUUUAUCUGAAGAUCACACAGAAGCAAGAGCUCUUGGAUUAGUAAUGGUACCUGGUCGACACAUUGUGACAAUUCACUUAGAUGUUUGAAUAAUUCUUUUUAAAAUAUCAUGUAAAUAAUGCGUUAUUAUCAUUAUUACAAUAAUACAGUAAAAUCAUACCCCAUUAUUUCUCUAUCUUCCACAUUAUAGACAUCUUACGCUUUUUCCAAUUAUACAAUAAUAUAAUUUUAUAAUUUUCAUCUUCAUAGGAAUAUUCCUCCGACAAGUUAUUUAUAUUUUUCAAGAUUCCUUAGUAUUUAUUAUACAUUCUUGUUGUAUAUAAAAAUAUUCUUUUUCUAAUUCUUGAUUAUUAUAUAUCUCUUUCUCUACAUUUUUAAUUGCAUCAUGUAUUCUUUGACUGAGGGUAGAACAUAAGCUGUUCAUUCCAUAUGUGUAACAUAUGUCGGUAGUUGAAUCAGCCAUUUUACGUACAAGCUCCAUAAAACUAAUAAGUUGCUAAAAGAUAAAACAAUUAAAAGAACUUAUAAAAUAUGAUCAUAAUUAAGUGCAAAGUAUUUAUUAAAUAAAUUUAAACAUCUUA